UCAAAAAAUCUAAUCAUUAAACGUCAACGUCAAAAAUCAACACGGUUUUUUUGUACAACUGUCAAAACAAGCAAAACUUAACCAACACACAAAUAGACCAUAAAAAAUUGCGCUCAAAGCAUGUGUUUUUCGACGUGUCAGCGUUCGUUCGAUUUCCUUUCGUAAAGGAUCCGAAAAAGAACGCCGAUUCCUUGUCGAAGGUCGUCGCCGGAAAAUUUUAUUAACCUUCGUCGAGUCAUAAAGAAAAAUAGUAAGGUAAGUAUUCGUCAUGGAAGAAGUGAAGCUUUUAGUCCAAGAGGAAGGUCGAGAGGCAAGGAACCUUUUAGCCUUUAACAUUACCGUAGGUGAUAAUUUGAGAAAUGGUAAAGUUUCUCGAAAACCACCUUGUUUUCCAAGAAUAAGUGAGGGGAGGAGAUCUGGAAAGGCUACCUCGAGGACUUUGUUGGGAAGAACUGGAGCUAGGAUUCGAUCGGCUUCCACCGGGAGGGAUAAAAAAUCGGAGUUGAGAGCAAGAUAUUGGGCCUUGUUAUUUGAAAAUCUUCAAAGAUCUGUUGUUGAAAUUUAUAACACAGUGGAAACUCAUGAAAGCUUAACUGAAUGUCAAGAAGUAAUUUUAGUUCUUGAAAAUUAUUUAAGAGACUUUAAUGGAUUAGCUGAAUGGUUUAGAUUAAAAUGGGAAUAUGAAAAUACCCCACUUCCUCAACGUCCAACAUCUUUAGCUUGGGAUAUUUGCAAAACUAAUUUGACUAAAACAUCAAAAUCAGGGAAAUCAACUCCAGUUGGAUCUGGAAGAGCCAGUCCAAAUGUUACUGGGAAAAUAAGUCCUAAACCGGCAUCCUUGAAAAAUCAAAUUCAAGCAGGAAAAGAAAAUACAGAAAAUUUAGAUAAUUCAACUGUAAACAGUAAAGAAAUUAAAAAUAUUUUAAAUGAAUCAGUUGUUUUAGAAAAUGAAAUUGAAAAAGAUUCAUCAAACAUAACCUCAACUACAUCAGAAAUAAAAUCUGAGGAAAUAAAAGUGGUUGUAAUUGAUGAAGUAAAACAUGUUGAUUCUCCAAGUGAAGAUCAAAGAACUUAUGACAUAUUUCGGAAGGUUGGGGUACAAAGUGCUGAAAAAGGAACAAGUACAGAGGAUGAUUUCCCUAAAUUACCCCCAACAAAACGUUUUAAUGUCGUUAAAGUGAGUCAAGAAUGUCAAACAGAGGAGGAAAGAAAGGUUUCACCCACAAAAUCAAAAUUGGAUACAAAAUUAGAAUCGAAAUCGAUUAAAUCAACGCCAAUAACUCCAAGACCAGCUUAUUCCACCGCUUUAAGUCGAAGUGUUUCUGUUAAGGCUGUUAAAGUGGCUAAAACAGAAACAAUUUCAAAGUCCUCAUCGACUCCAAUUGUCCAACAACAGAGAAUUAACAAACCAAAAGCACUUUCAUCGCGUACUUUACCUCAUAAUAACGUAGAAAAUCCUCAAUUAUCAAGAAGUAAAACUAUUGGAGAUAUUAAGCAAAGUGUUAAUAAACCAGGAUCAAGGCCAAUGUUUAGAUUGAGUACACGGCCGGAUCCGAUUGUUGCUAAAAAUGCAAUAAAUAAUAUAAAAUUACCAGAAAAAAAAAGUGUGCGAAGUUCAAAUUUGGUUAAAAAUAAUCAGUCUACUUCGGCGUUAUCUUCAAAAGUGAAUAAAACGAAUGAUUUUGGAAGCUCAGUUGAAACUUUAGUAAAUCAAAAUAUAAAAGAUGUUAAUUUAACUGAAACUAGCAAUAGUAUAACAAGUUCUGUAGAAACUUUAAGUAACGAAAAUAAUAAAAAAGAAAAUUUAACAACUGAUGGUUGGCUAACAGUUCGAAGAUCAAGAUUCAGAAAUAAUAAUAAUGGAAAAGGUGGUAAUCGAAAAUCUGAUACUGUUUUAUCUUGGGCAACAAGAUUUCAUCAGAUUACCGCCACAGCGAGUCUGCCAGCUUUAGCUUUAUUACCAGAAAAUAAUAAUAUAGAAAACAUAACUUCAAAAAUCUCGUCACCAAGAGAAAAAAAUCAAGAAAAAGAAGAAAUUUCAAAAGAAACUGUUAAAAAGCGACCUCAAAUGCUUCGAUCCCAUACAACUUUAAGCAAAGUAACAAUUCCCAAAAAUGAUUUAACACCCAGAAAAAUGCCCGAAAAAAGCAAAACAAAUUUAAAUUUAAAAAAAUCGACGGAGCGCGAAAAGUUUGAAAAUAAACGUAAAAAAAGUAUGGAAUUAGUCGAUUCUGAAACCGACGAUGAAACCAAAAUGAAAGAAAAAGAUUCCGAUUUCGAUUUAGUUUGCGAAGAAGAGCAUCGCAAGAAAGCCAAACAAUUAACCGAAGAAGAAGAGCGUUUAAACAAAGAAAUCGAAAAAUUACAAGGAUUAGAAAUUGAGGUUGAUACAGAAACCGAUGGAACCGAAACCGAAACAGAUUGCGAAUUACAAGAGUCAUCCCAAAUUAAUGCGUCAAUCGACGACGAUGAUAUAUCUUUGGAAACUCGAUAUGAGCCAAUGCUAGCAGAAAUGUCUUGGGGUGAAAGAGUUGAUAUUUUAGAAACGUUAAAAGCUUUAGUUGCAAGACAUCCCGGAAGAGCGCUCGAAUUACACCAAAAAUUAUCAAAUCCAUCUCGAAAAAUUUCAUUAUCAGAAACAAUAAGAAGAUAUCAAGCGAAGCAAAUGAAGGCACAACAACGAAGGCAAGAUCUCCAACAAGAAAAAGCCAAUAAACUUCAAACUUUAUUAGCUAGAGUUCAAGAUGUAAAAGCUGCAAAAUUACAAUUAAUCGAGGAAAAACGCAAAAGAAUGGAAAUCCGAUUACAACGCGCCGCACAAAACAGAAAUCGCCAUCUUAAAGGAAUCGUUAGAAAGGCUCAUAACGAAGAGGAAAAAUUAAAAGAAAUCGCUUUUAUCAACGAAUUAGAAGCGCAAAAUAAACGACACGACUUUAUGGUUUCUUGGCGUGAACAACGCGGGAGGAUUCAAGUAAUUCACGAAGAUCGGAAAAAAAGAAAAGUUGAGAAAGCGCUCAAAGAAGCCGCAGUCGAAGAACGGAGGAAAGCUUUAGAAAAGGAAAGAUUAGAAAAAUUAGAUAGGAUGCAAUCCGAAAGGAAACAAAGGGAUGAAAGAAUUGGGCAACAACAACAACAAAGAGAACGAGAACGACAGGAAUUAGCGCGAGAAAAAGCUAGGGAUCGCGAAGAACGACUCUCCGCAUUACAUGCCCAACAAUUAGCUUCAACCCAAGAACUUCAAAAACGAAUUGUUCAAAAACAAGAAGAAUCUGCGAGAAGGCACGAAGAAAAUAUGGAACAAAUUCGACAAAGAGCAUUGGAAUUAUCAAUACAUCGAUGUUACACUGAAGAUAAUCAAGCCCCUAAUAUCACUCCUUAUACAACGCCUAAAAUAUGUACAACUUGUAACGUUUUUAUUAAAUCCGAAGUUUAUUUGAUGAGUCAUCUUCGCGGGCGAUUACAUCAAGAAUUAAUUAAACAAAACAACCAAAACAUUUUAACCGAACAAGAAUUAGAAGAAUACAAUCUUAAAAAUAUUGUAGAUGCUCCCGUCGAUAAAGAAGAUCCCAAAGAAACAGCUGCGAAAGAACGGGGGAAAACCCAUCGAAAACGAUGUAAGAAAAUCCGGCAAAGAAUGGCUUUAAAAGGGGCUGAAUUCGAAACGGCUUAUAAAAAGAAAGAUAUUGAUUGUGCCAAUAAAAAAAAUUAUAAUCGUAAUAUAAACACAAUAUCCAGUAUUACCAAUCAAGCCCCUCAAGGUUGGUCGGCAGCGACAUCUAGUCAAUUAGAUCGAAUUUUGAAUGAAUUAUCUCGAUUAUUAACGAAAGGUGGAAAUGAUGAUCUCUUAGUAUUCCAAAAUGUGAAUGGAUUCGGUGUUUUGGGCAAAUUAUUUCAGUUGAGUCAAGAUGCUCAUUCCCCGAUUGCAAUAAAAAGUUUAGUGAUUGCGUGCAAUUUAUGGCAGCUGGCCUGUAAAAAUAGCGAUGCGGGGGUUAAAAAUUCAGAAUAUGUUGUGUUGUCCAAUCGAUUAACUCCUGCUUUGGAUCUUUUACAUACAAAGCUUAAGGGAAUUGAGGAAAAUCAAGAUAUCCCACCAUCAGAUCCAUUAUGCACAGCUUUAAUGCAACUUCUAGCAACAGUAUUGCGAAACGUUCCAAAAGAAUCUAAUGGAAAUCGAAUACAAGACGUCGUUAGUUUUGCAGUUUGUUUGGGGGUAGUUGAACAAUUAUCGAUGUGUUGUUUAUCCGUUCGUGGUCCGGUUCACGAUGUACCAGCGGCGUGUUCAUUCCUUUUGGCAGCUUUAGAGUUUUUGGCAGCGUUAGCGGAUCAUUGUCCUGAAGACACCGAUCCAACCCAUUUGGUUGGUACUUUACAUGGUACUGAGCUUAUGGGAGCCGUUUCAAUGUUGUACGGUUCUUUACUUCCACCGGAUUCCUCACCAAGAAUCGAAGGUCAAACACCACCUUUAAUUCCAAAUCCUUGCCUCAAUUUAGCAAUCGCUACAUUUAAAUUUUUAAAGCGAGUUGCUGAACUAGAUCUGAAGAAAUUCCAGGAAGCUUUAGGAGCCGAAGGAAUUUCGUUACAAUUCCGCCACAUAGCCAACCAUUUAAUUUGGUGUUGCGCUUCCCCGGAUACUUCCGGUUUAUCGCCGUCAUCGAAAGGAAAUCAAAGUUCUCAAAUCCUGGAGCUACACCAACAAUUACUACACGAAGUUAUAUACGUCAUCGGGUACUUUGUCGUAAAAAACCACGAGAAUCAAAUGCUUCUAGUAAGUGGUCAACCACCAUCAGUUCUUCAACAACUUUGUUCUUUACCUUUCCCGUAUUUCUCGGUUGAACCGCUUUCUAAACUUCUUUAUCCAACUCUUCUUGCUUGUUGUGCCAAUAAUGAGCACACCGUUGCAAUAUUAAAACAAGAAUUAUCUUACGAGAUUUUGGAAGAAUUCAGUAAUUCUGAUGUAGGAAAAGAAAUCCGUCUAAUAAAACUAUUAAACAAGUAAACUCAUCGCUUUCUUCGCCAUCCAAAGUGUCUUAUAUCCGCUUUAAGCGUAUAUUAUAUAGCGAAUUACAUGUUGUGGCGUAGUCACGAGAUUAAACGAAGUGCAAACCGCUGCAGAAGCCGCUUGUAACCGAUAAUAGAACUAAUUAUUUCUAUUAACGUUAUCCAAUAAACACAUUAACAUUGCUAACUAAUUUCUCUUCGUUGUUUCUUGUGGGGGCGUCGGCGUCGCUUAGGAGGUGUUUAAGAGACGUUUUCGGUCAGAUUUGUGAUAAGAAAUGAAAAAAAAAAAUGAUUAUCAGGAUAUGUAAACAAUGAAAUGUUUCGAAUAAAAUUGAUUCAAAAAGUAUUUAAACGAAAGUAGUGAAUAAUAACCAGGUUGUAUUUACCAUUACGAUAAAAAGUAUUGUUUUUUUUUUUGGUUAUUUGACUAUUGUAUUAAUUUAAUCAAUGUAUGUGGCCGUGUAUUCUAUAUUUUGUACCAACGUAGUUUUUCUAUUAAUAAAAUAAAGAUGGCGCACAAACAUUUGUUU